AUGGAGGGCAACGUGCACCUCCUCCAGGUCAUCCGCGAGAUGCGCUCCCAAAUCGACAAGCUGGAGCAGGAGAACUGGGCCCUGAGGGGAGAGCUGCGGGCCUGCGGGCUGAGCGCCACGGCAGCGAGAGGUGGGAGCCUCACCGGCCCCAUGGCACGGCCAGACCCCUCACCCGCGGCCCCGUGCCCAGGCCCAGCGGCCGGCCCUGCAGCUGCACCGUCAGAGCAGGCAGACACCACCAUGACCGUGCGGCGCUACUCCACCGCUGCAUCUGCGCCCGCUCCUCCUGGCACGAGGCCUCACGGGGCCGGCAAAAGGCCGCCGAGCAGCGGGCUCCCCGAGGUGCGGGGCAGGGCUCAGCUGCCCGCCUGUCCCUCAGCAGCACAGCGCGCCGGCGACGAGGGAAAAGGGCUUGGGAAGACCCCAGCUAACUGCUUCUCCAGCAGCAGUUCCAGCAAAAUGAAGCUGUUCCAGGAGCACGUCCGCAGGUGCAGGGGUAAAGUAAAGGCCGUUAGUUUCCUUUUACCAAUGGAUGUGUCAUCAUGUGCUGAAAAUCAAGGUUCUCUGAAAAGCCCACAAAAUCAGGACACAAAAGAGUUAACUACCAUCACUGAAAAGGAUAUGUGA